AUAAAACUAGUAAUGGAUGAACAAAAGGAAGAGAUACAGACAUUUCAUUUUGUUAAUUAUUCAAGCCAUUCUAUAACACUUCCUUCUGUAACGGAUGAUUUACAAAAAAUGUAUGGUUUAAGUUCUUUAGCUUCUCGGGUAGCACGAGUAGAUGAAUUUGGGAAUAAGAAAAAGAUGAGACAAUCAUAUAAAGGACAUAUUCAACAAUUUCCGGGAAAGAAUGUUAUUUUAAAAGAUAGAUUUAUUAGGGAUUUGAUUUUUGGUCCUAAAGAAGAAAAACUAGACAAAUUUAUUGAAAAUUUAGAUUCCGAGUUAAUUGAGGCGGCAUUUAGUCUUCAGCCCGGACCUGUUCCAGGAUUUGAUUCAAGUGUUUUUGGAUCUUCAAAUACGGAAAAAAAAAAUGAAUUGUAUAAUGAAAAAGAUACCAUGCUUUCAGUAUCUUUAGAGAACUUUAAGCGCCAUUCUAAGAAGAAGAAAAGAAAACAUGAGGAUUAUGAACAAUCUAUUGGUUUAGAGCAAAAGAAGUAUAGAAAAGCAAAUUAAUAUUAAUUGAAUGGCAUGA